AUGGGCAGAGUUAUGGGUAGGGGCAUGGGUGGGGGCAUGGGCAGAGUUAUGGGUAGGGGCAUGGGUAGGGGCAUGGAUGGGGGCAUGGGCGAGGGCAUGGGUAGGGACAUGGCUAGGGACAUGGGUAUUGGCAUGGGUAGGUUCAUGCCUGGGGGCAUGGCUGGGGACAUGGGUAGAGGCAUGGGUAUGGACAUGGGCAGAGGCAUGGGUAGGGACAUGGGUAGAGGCAUGGGUAUGGACAUGGGCAGAGGCAUGGGUAGGGACAUGGGUAGAGGCAUGGGUAUGGACAUGGGUAGAGGCAUGCCAGGGGGCAGAGGUGGCGGUAUACCUGUGGGAACGGGUAGGGGCCUGCUGCAGGUGAGAGCGGUGCAUGGUGUGAGAGCGGUGCAUGGUGUGAGAGCGGCGCAUGGUGUGAGAGUGGUGCAUGGUGUGAGAGUGGUGAAUGUGGUACCUAGCAGAGGCGCACCUGAGGCAGAACAAGCUGGAUGUGCCGACCAAGCGGGAGAUGUGCGCCCUCAAGCGCUUGCGCCCGGGGUUGACCCACGCCAACAUCAUCCAGCUGUUGCAGCAACGCUUCCCUGGGCUGCGAAUGGAGUCGUCGCACGUGACCAAGAUCAUAAAGGAUGGGCGCCAAUCCUUCUCCCCAGCCCCACUCCCCCCUCUCUGCAACCGCUCUUCCCAACCCCUCCCCUCAACCCCUCUCCCCAACCCCUCCCCUCAACCCCUCUCACCAACCCCUCUCCCCAACCCCCCUCCCCAACCCCUCCCCCCUCUCCUUUGCAGAUUCGCUUCCCUGGGCUGCGCAUGGAGUCGUCGCACGUGACCAAGAUCAUAAGGGACGAGAGCCGGUGGUUUGACGAGCGGAACAUUCGCUUCCCUGGGCUGCGCAUGGAGUCGUCGCACGUGACCAAGAUCAUAAGGGACGAGAGCCGGUGGUUUGACGAGCGGAACGUGAGGUUUGUGCACAACAUGCGCGUGCGCAUGCCCGACUGCUACGCGCUCGAGGAGGCUCUGGCAGCGUGGUACAAGCAGGAGCGCAUGCACGGCCGCAUUCCGCUGUCUAGAGUCUCUGGCAAGGCCCGGGAGCUUGGCCCGCUGCAUGGCGCCCCGGCGGAUUUCAAGUACAGCACCGGAUGGGUGAUGCGGUUUCAAGAGCGGUGGGGGUUCUCAAAGAAACACCUGGAUGCAGCUAGGGAGGCACACUUUCAGGAAGAGGAGGAGGACGACGACGGGGAGGGGGAGGGAGCGGGUGGGGGUGGGGGUGGGGGUGGGGGUGGGGGUGGGGGUGCUGCUGCUGCUGAGGGGGAGAAUCCUGGCCCUUCACUUUUGGAGCUUGCUGAUCGGAUGUUUGGGCCGGAGAUUAGGGAGGCUGGGCGGGGAGGUAGGGGUCGGAGGAGGAGGAGGCAGAGGGAGUGGACUGCGGAUGGACGCGAGGUGAUCGAUUUGGAGAGUGAGGAGGAUGAGGAGGGCGGGGGAGGGAGUGGGGAGGACGGGGAUGAGGAGGGGGAAGACGGGGAUGAGGAGGGGGGGGAGAGAGAGGAGGAGAGGGAGGAGGAGAGGGACGGUGAGGGUGGAGGGGAGGAAAUGGGACAAGCGGUGGAAACACAGGAGGGAAGGGAAGUGCGUGGGGAAGAAGGGGUGCGAGAGGAAGGAGCGGUGCAUGAGGGGGGGAUAGGCCCACACACUCCCACUCCUCAAACCACCACCCUAGCAGAUCGCUUCCCCCGCCCCACCCUAGCAGAAUUGGCUCUAGCAGAGGCGAUUGCAGACGGCACGAUAUCAGAUGAGGGCGGGUCUCUCCGUGUGAGGGGCGACCUGGCCUCCCUUGCUCUGGCUGAAGCCACGGGAGCCCUGCCUGCUGCUGCCAUUGCUGCUGCCGGGGAUAUUCUGUCCGUCCCUGCUGGACCUGCUGCUGCUGGUGCUGCGUCUGGUGUUCCUGGGAAAAAGCAGCCAGCACGGCAGCAGAGGCAGCGGCGGCGGCAGCAGCAGGUGGGGAGAGGUGGACGGGAGUCGCGGCGGGGAAUGAAGUACCAGACUCGGCGGCAUUUCAACCUCACAGUGAAGUUCAAACGAGCCAUGUGCUUGCUCCAGCAGGCUGUGCCUGAGUUGCGGGUCAAGGGGCUAUUGCGGCUGGUUACCCAGGAAUGUGAGGGUAAGUUGCUCGAGAGCGUACCGUACUGCAACAUUCGCAAAAUGCUGAGCCAGAGGGACUAUUACCUCCGGUCUCAGGACAUGGAAACUCGUUUCCGGUAUAGAAAGCCGAAAUACCCGGAAUUUGAGAGGGCGCUCUCAGAGUGGGUGCGUGAAAUGAAGGGCAAGUAUGGGGAGGACGUUUUAGUGUAUGAGGAUGUGAAAGGGUAUGCGAAGCAGCUAGGGCCACGCAUGGGCGUGCGUAAAACCUUUACUUACAGCCAUGGUUGGGUGGCAAGGUUUUUGCGCCGGCAGGGGUUGAAUCUGAAGAGUAUUAGGAGGGAUGUGGCAAAGGGCGGGGAACCUGGGGUGGGUGGGUACGGGAAUGGGGAGGGCGAGGGGGAGAGGGAGGCGGGGGAGGGUCAGGGGGAAGGGGAUGAGGGAGGGACGGAUGGAGAGAGGGGAGGGGUUACUACAGACGAUGGUGCUAGUACUGAUGCGGGCGGUGAGGGCGAGGGGGAUGAGGAAAGGGGGGACGAGGAGGGAAGGGAGGAGGGAGGGGAGGCGGGAGGAGGGGAGGCCGGAGGGGGAGGGACAGAAGGAGGGGAGGCAGCAGGAGGACGGGAGGCAGCAGCAGGGAAUGCAGCAGCAGCAGCAGCAGCAGCAGGAAGUGCAGCAACAGCAGGAAAGGAAGCAGAAAAGGCGGCAGGAAAGGAAGCAGAAAAGGCGGCAGGAAAGGAAGCAGAAAAGGCGGCAGGAAAGGAAGCAGAAAAGGCGGCAGCAGCGCGGGAGGCGGAUGAGCUGGCAGGGAGGAUCAUGGAUCUGGUGGCGCGGAUCAACGCAGGGGUCGCCGUGCCACUGCUGGACGAGGGGCUGCUGCCAAGGAAAGGAGGCACGAAAGGAGGCAGGAAAGGAGGCAGGAAGGGAGGGAGGGGGCCUCUGAACCAUGACGGUAAUAACGAUGGGGGUAACGGUAGCGAUGGUGGUAACAGCGGCGGUGGUGGUAACACCGGUGGUGGUGUGAAGCAGCGGAUGCAGGUGCCGCUGCCGCUGAAGCUGGCCGCGUGCGCCGUCUACCGCGCCCGCCCUGACCUACCCCAUGUGAUUGUCCACCAGACCCUGCAGAAGCGGUACAAUGUGAAGCUAGAGCGGUUGAAAGCGGCCAAUAUGCUGAGCAUGGAGGGGGUUAUGAGGGAGACGAUGCAGCGGGGCAUGGUGCGGGCGCGGAAGGGCAGAGAGGUGCAGCUAGAGGAGGCUCUUGCUAUGGCUGUGCGGGAGGCUGCAGCUAGGAUGGGCGGGGAGCGGGGUGGGGAGGGAGUGGGAGAGGGUGGGGCGGCAGGGGAUGGAGAUGGAGGGGGAGAAGGGGCAGUAGCAGGAGGAGGAGCGGGGGGAACAGGAAGAGGAGCGGGAGGAGUGGGAGGAGAGGGAGCAGGGGCAGCAGGAGGGGGGGGAGCAGGAGUGGCAGGAGCAGAAGGCGAAGCCACAGCAGCAGCAGCGACAGCUGCCCCCCCUGCCCCGCUGAUGACGGUCCCUCAGAUACUGGCAUAUGCGAAGCGCCUGGGCCCGCUGGUGGGCGUGUCCCCCUCGUUCCGCUACAGCACCAGCUGGCUGCGGUGCUUCCUGGUGCGCCACCAGCUCGAAGCAUUCGUUGCUGGGCGAGCCGCGCGGAAAGGGGGUGGAGCGGGAGGAGGAGGGGUGGGAGGAGAAGGACCGGGGGAAGGAAUGGGGGGAGGAACGGGUGGAGGAACGGGGGAAGGAGCGGGGGGAGGAGCGGGGGGAGGAGCGGGGGGAGGAGCGGGGGGAGGAGCGGGGGGAGGAGCGGCAGGAGGAGCGGGAGGUGAGGGGGAGUGCGAACCGGAGGGGUUGAGAGGGAUUCUGGAUGAGACGUUUCAUGUGAGGCAGGAGGAGGUGGAUGCUCUGGUGAGAAUGGCUGACCGGCUGUGGCGGAGGAAAAUGCGCAUGAAACGGGGGCAGAAGGGGGGAGAGGAGGUCGAGGACUCUGGGGACGAGGAAAGCGAGGGGGAGAGGGGGAGGGGAAGGAGCAGGAGAGCGGCGAGUGGGGAUGGGGAUGGGGAUGGAGGGGAGGAUGGAGGUGGGGGCGAUGGUGACGACUCUGGUAGCGAUGGCGGUGGUGGUUUUGGGGGUAUGGCCGGGCGAAGCACUCACUUCCAGCUCCAUGACUCAGGGGCCUCCAGUGGGGAUGAGCAGGCAGGAGGGCAUGGGGCGAGAGUCACUCGCUCCCAGCAUCUGCAUUCCCUCUCAAACCUGCCUGGGGCGCGGGUGGUGCCGCCGUCUCUUGCUUCUUCUUCUCUUGCGCCGGGUGGAGCAGGCACGAGGUGGGGAGCAGCAGCAGCAGCAGCAGCAGCAGCAACGCUUGUGCCCGCGCCUGUGACCACAGCAGAGGGGAUCCUGUCAGAGUUAGCAGACGUGCGUGUGGGGUCUCUAGAAAGCGGGGGAGAGAAGAGGUGGCGAGGGAGGAGGGGGGGAGAGAGGCGUGGGAGAGGGAGCGGGGGGGGGGGGAGGGAGGAGGAAGGGUGGCCGGCAAUGUGGUGGGAGGGGAGAGAGGUGCAGGAGGAGGGAGUGGAGGUGGGGGAAGUGGAGGUGGGGGGGGGUGGGGAGGGGGCGUGGGAGCAGGACGAGGGGUGGCAGUGGUGGAUGCGGUCGGGUGUGGUGGGGGUGCGGCAGAUGGUAGGGGCGUGGGAUACCCUCUUGGCUGUGCGUGCUGUGUGUGUGGGAGGGGAGCGUGGUGCUGGUAGGGGUAGUGGCGGUGGGGAAGGGGGAGGUGGUGGUGGGAGAGUGGGAGUAAGGGGGGCUGGGGUAGGUGGGGGAAGAGGGAGAGGUGGUGGGAGAGGGGCAGGAGCGGGGAGAGGGAGGGAAGCGGUCGUGCGAUGGGGGGCUGGGUUGCAGGGGGCACUGGAGGAAGGGGCACGGGGGGGGCGGGGCAGGAAGAGGCGCAGGGGUGAGGAGCAGGGCGGGGCGAUGGUGGGUGCAAAACGCGGGAGGAGAGGGGGAUUUGGGGUAAGAGGUGGUGGGCGAGGAGGGGGCACGGGACGGGGGCGAGGUGGGUUUUCAGGGCUGAGAGGAGGUGGAGGAGCCAUGCUGGCAGGCCGAGGUGGGUUGGCAGGAAGGGGCAGGGCAGCAGGAAGGGGAUGGGAAGCAGUAGGGCGAGGUGGAUUGGCAGUAAGGGGCGGGGCAGCAGGAAGGGGAUGGGAAGCAGUAGGGCGAGGUGGAUUGGCAGUAAGGGGCGGGGCAGCUGGAGUAGGUGGGGUGGCAGGAAGUGGAUGGGCGGCAGGGCUAAGUGGGGCUGCAGGAAGAGGCUGGGCGGCAGGAAUGGGCUGGGCGGCAGGAAGAGGUGGCGGCGGAUCAGGGCCACCGCCGGGUCCCACUGGGCAACCGUCGUCCUUUGCAGCACUGCUGUCACAGCUCCUCUCCUCCACUGGCCCCCCUCCCGGCACACUCACCCCUCCUGCUGCUGCCAACAUCUCCAAUCCCCUCAACCCUCACACUGCUCAGGGUCAUAGCAUGUAA